AUGGCAGAAAGUGCAGAGACACUGGCCCACCCACAAGCUGGCAAGGCUAACUCUAUCACACCAAAGCGCAAAGUACCAGAAACCACAUCCAGCACCAUCAAUUUCACGUCGCGCAACCCGCCCUGGACCUAUCUCAAACUUCAGCUUAUUCCACAACCAGACGCCCCCGCCCUCCAGCCUCUCGAUGAGCUCUCAGCCCGCACCUACAUCUCCUCCGCACUCUCGCAAUUCCUUGGCCUCACGGGGACCGCAAUCCCUAUUGACAUUUUGAAAAUUGAGCCCAAGGGAGACACGACGUCUAGUGGCACAAGUCACAAGUAUGACAGUGCCUGGAUUCGAGUGCCUCGCGACGACGGGGCUGCUGUCGUCGCUGCGAUCAGUUCAUGGAUUGGAGGGAGUGGGAGCGCAUCGGGAGCUGCGCUCCGGAUCUGUGCAAAGGGGAAUUAUUUAGGGGCGCUGGUCGCUGGAUCAGGGCAGGACUUGUUUGUUCCUUGA